CCGGCGCGGUUCCUGCAGCGCAGCGCCCGGCGGGGUCCGGGUCGGGAAGCGGCAUGCCGGGCUUCUGCAGGGCCGAUGCGGCCACCAGCUUUCUGAGGGCAGCUCGAUCCGGCAACUUGGACAAGGCUCUGGACCACUUGCGGAAUGGGGUAGACAUUAACACUUGCAACCAGAAUGGGUUGAAUGGCCUACAUCUGGCUUCUAAAGAAGGCCAUGUGAAGAUGGUGGUUGAACUUCUACACAAAGAAAUCAUUCUAGAAACAACAACCAAGAAGGGGAACACCGCUCUGCACAUUGCUGCCCUCGCUGGUCAGGAUGAGGUGGUCCGGGAGCUGGUCAACUAUGGCGCCAAUGUCAAUGCCCAGUCUCAGAAAGGCUUCACACCCCUGUACAUGGCAGCUCAAGAGAAUCACUUGGAAGUAGUUAAGUUUUUACUGGAAAAUGGAGCCAACCAGAAUGUAGCCACAGAAGAUGGCUUCACUCCCCUGGCUGUGGCUCUGCAGCAGGGCCAUGAGAGUGUGGUGGCCCACCUCAUCAACUACGGGACAAAGGGGAAGGUGCGCCUCCCAGCCCUUCACAUCGCAGCCCGCAACGAUGACACAAGGACGGCUGCUGUGCUCCUGCAGAAUGACCCCAACCCAGACGUGCUUUCCAAGACUGGCUUCACACCCCUCCAUAUCGCAGCCCACUACGAGAACCUCAACGUGGCCCAGCUGCUCCUCAACAGAGGGGCCAGUGUCAACUUCACACCACAGAAUGGCAUCACACCAUUACACAUCGCCUCCCGCAGGGGGAAUGUGAUCAUGGUGCGGCUUCUCCUGGACCGGGGGGCCCAGAUAGAAACAAGGACCAAGGAUGAAUUGACACCUCUCCACUGUGCAGCUCGGAACGGGCACGUGCGAAUCUCAGAGAUCCUGCUAGACCAUGGGGCACCCAUCCAAGCCAAAACCAAGAAUGGCUUGUCUCCGAUCCACAUGGCGGCUCAGGGAGACCACCUCGAUUGUGUCCGACUCCUGUUGCAGUACAAUGCAGAGAUAGAUGACAUCACCCUGGACCAUCUGACCCCGCUCCAUGUGGCAGCCCACUGCGGCCAUCACAGGGUUGCCAAGGUCCUCUUGGAUAAAGGAGCCAAGCCAAACUCCAGGGCCCUGAAUGGCUUUACCCCUUUACAUAUUGCCUGUAAGAAGAACCACAUUCGUGUCAUGGAGUUGCUGCUGAAGACUGGAGCCUCCAUCGAUGCAGUCACGGAGUCUGGCCUGACACCUCUCCACGUGGCCUCCUUCAUGGGACACCUCCCCAUUGUGAAGAACCUCCUGCAGCGAGGAGCAUCGCCUAACGUCUCCAACGUGAAAGUGGAGACUCCGCUACAUAUGGCAGCCAGGGCAGGACACACAGAAGUGGCCAAAUAUUUGCUCCAGAACAAAGCCAAAGUCAAUGCCAAAGCCAAGGAUGACCAGACCCCGCUUUACUGUGCUGCUCGAAUCGGCCACACAAACAUGGUAAAGCUCCUGUUGGAGAACAAUGCCAGCCCCAACCUCGCCACCACCGCUGGCCACACACCCCUGCACACUGCAGCUCGAGAAGGCCAUGUGGACACAGCCCUCGCCCUUCUGGAGAAAGAUGCAUCCCAGGCCUGCAUGACCAAGAAAGGAUUUACCCCUCUCCAUGUGGCUGCUAAGUAUGGGAAGGUUAGGGUAGCUGAGCUGCUGCUGGAACGUGAUGCGCAUCCCAACGCUGCUGGAAAGAAUGGCCUGACUCCCCUGCAUGUGGCUGUGCACCACAACAACCUGGACAUCGUCAAGCUGCUGCUCCCCCGGGGUGGCUCCCCACACAGUCCCGCCUGGAAUGGCUACACUCCUUUGCAUAUUGCUGCCAAGCAGAACCAGAUGGAAGUGGCUCGCAGUCUGCUCCAGUAUGGGGGGUCAGCAAACGCAGAGUCUGUGCAAGGCGUGACCCCCCUGCACCUAGCUGCCCAAGAGGGCCAUGCAGAGAUGGUUGCCUUGCUCCUCUCCAAGCAAGCCAAUGGCAACCUGGGAAACAAGAGUGGACUGACUCCUCUCCAUCUGGUAGCACAAGAAGGUCACGUUCCAGUGGCAGAUGUGCUGAUCAAACAUGGGGUCACAGUAGAUGCCACCACCCGGAUGGGUUACACCCCACUCCACGUGGCCAGUCACUAUGGAAAUAUCAAGCUGGUGAAGUUUUUGCUACAGCACCAAGCUGAUGUCAAUGCCAAGACCAAGCUCGGCUAUAGCCCCCUGCACCAAGCAGCCCAGCAAGGACACACAGACAUCGUAACCCUGUUGCUCAAGAAUGGUGCUUCCCCAAACGAGGUCAGCUCGAACGGAACCACACCUCUGGCAAUAGCCAAGCGUUUGGGCUACAUUUCUGUAACAGACGUGCUCAAAGUUGUCACGGAUGAAACCAGCGUAGUGUUAGUCAGCGACAAGCACCGGAUGAGUUACCCGGAAACAGUGGAUGAGAUCCUGGAUGUCUCUGAAGAUGAAGGGGAAGAGCUUGCUGGCUCCAAGGCUGAGAGGCAGGACUCCAGGGACGUGGAUGAAGAGAAGGAGCUGCUGGAGUUUGUGCCAAAACUAGACCAAGUGGUGGAGUCCCCAGCCAUUCCCAGGAUUCCCUGUGUCACACCUGAGACAGUGGUGAUCCGAUCCGAGGAACAAGAACAGGCCUCUAAGGAGUACGAUGAGGACUCACUCAUCCCCAGCAGCCCAGCCACAGAAACCUCAGACAACAUCAGCCCCGUGGCAAGCCCCGUCCACACAGGGUUUCUCGUGAGCUUCAUGGUGGAUGCCCGGGGUGGCUCCAUGAGAGGAAGUCGGCACAAUGGCCUGAGGGUGGUGAUCCCACCCCGGACGUGUGCAGCACCCACACGCAUCACCUGCCGCCUAGUCAAGCCCCAGAAGCUGAACACGCCGCCCCCGCUGGCUGAAGAGGAGGGCUUGGCCAGCAGGAUCAUUGCACUGGGCCCCACAGGAGCCCAGUUCCUCAGUCCUGUGAUUGUGGAGAUCCCUCACUUUGCUUCCCAUGGCCGUGGGGAUCGUGAGCUCGUGGUUCUGAGGAGCGAAAACGGCUCUGUGUGGAAGGAACACAAGAGCCGCUAUGAAGAAACCUAUCUGGAUCAGAUCCUCAAUGGGAUGGAUGAAGAGCUGGGCAGCCUGGAGGAGCUGGAGAAGAAGAGGGUCUGCCGCAUCAUCACCACUGACUUCCCUUUGUACUUCGUCAUCAUGUCCCGGCUCUGCCAGGACUACGACACCAUCGGCCCCGAGGGGGGCUCUCUGAAGAGCAAGUUGGUGCCCCUGGUGCAAGCAACGUUCCCAGAAAAUGCUGUCACCAAGAAAGUGAAGCUGGCCCUGCAGGCCCAGCCUGUCCCUGAUGAGCUGGUCACCAAGCUCCUGGGUAACCAGGCCACAUUCAGCCCCAUCGUCACUGUGGAACCAAGGCGCCGGAAGUUUCACCGUCCCAUCGGGCUUCGAAUCCCGCUCCCUCCCUCAUGGACAGACAACCCAAGAGACAGCGGGGAGGGAGACACCACCAGCCUGCGUCUGCUGUGCAGUGUCAUUGGCGGAACCGACCAGGCCCAGUGGGAAGAUAUAACGGGAACAACCAAGCUUGUGUAUGCUAAUGAGUGCGCCAACUUCACCACCAACGUUUCUGCCAGGUUUUGGCUUUCAGACUGUCCCCGAACUGCUGAGGCUGUGAACUUUGCCACCCUGUUAUACAAGGAGCUUACCGCAGUGCCCUACAUGGCCAAGUUUGUCAUUUUUGCCAAAAUGAAUGAUCCCCGCGAGGGACGGCUGCGGUGCUACUGCAUGACAGAUGACAAGGUGGACAAGACCCUUGAGCAGCACGAGAACUUCGUGGAGGUGGCCCGGAGCAGGGACAUCGAGGUUCUAGAAGGAAUGCCCCUGUUUGCAGAGCUCUCCGGGAACCUGGUCCCCGUCAAGAAAGCUGCCCAGCAACGGAGCUUCCACUUCCAGUCAUUUCGGGAGAACCGUCUGGCCAUCCCCGUCAAGGUGAGGGACAGCAGUCGGGAGCCCGGAGGCUUCUUGUCAUUCCUGCGCAAGGCCAUGAAGUACGAGGAUACCCAGCACAUCCUGUGCCACCUCAACAUCACCAUGCCUCCCUGCACCAAGGGGAGUGGAGCUGAGGACAGGAGAAGAACCCUGACACCCCUGUCUCUGAGAUACAGCAUUCUCAGCGAGUCACCUCUGGGUUUUCCCAGUGGGACUGACAAAGCAGAUAUGAAGAUGGCUGUCAUAACAGAGCACCUUGGCCUUAGCUGGGCAGAGUUGGCCCGGGAGCUGCAGUUCAGUGUCGAAGACAUCAACAGGAUCCGAGUAGAGAACCCCAAUUCCUUGCUGGAGCAAAGUGCAGCCUUGCUGACCCUCUGGGUUGCCCGGGAAGGCGAAAAUGCUAAGAUGGAGAGCCUGUACGCGGCCCUGCGGAACAUUGACCGGAAUGAGAUUGUGAACAUGUUGGAGGGCUCUGGCCGGCAGAGCCGCAACCUGAAGCCAGAUCGGCGGCACACAGACCGCGACUACUCACUGUCGCCCUCCCAAAUGAAUGGUUUCUCCUCGCUGCAGGACGAGCUGCUGUCCCCCGCCUCCCUGCACUACGCUCUCCCCUCUCCGCUGCGCGCAGACCAGUACUGGAACGAGGUGGCCGUCAUGGACGCCAUUCCACUGGCGGCCACGGAGCAUGACACCAUGCUGGAGAUGUCUGACAUGCAGGUGUGGGCUGCGGGCCUCACGCCCUCCCUGGUCACUGCUGAGGACUCCUCUCUGGAGUGCAGCAAGGCCGAGGACUCUGACGCCACGCAGGAGUGGAAGUUGGAGGGGGCGCUCUCAGAGGAGCCGCAAGGCCCGGAGAUGGGCUCUCAGGACCUUGUGGAGGACGACACGGUGGAUUCAGAUGCUACAAAUGGCCUUGCUGAUUUGCUCGGCCAAGAGGAAGGUCAGAGGUCAGAAGAGAAGAGGCAGGAGGACUCAGGUGCAGGGCAGGACUUGGAGACUGAAGUGUCUCUUGUUUCAGGCCAACAGAGGGCGCAUGCCCGAAUCACAGACUCGCCGAUCGUGAGUCAGGUGCUGGCAAGGAGCCAGGACAGACCACAGGACAGGGAUAGACAAAGCCCCAUGGUCUCUCACCUGCAAGAUGUAACACAAAGCUCCUGGCAAGAGGAGAUAAUGCAAGGCCCACACACACUUCAGAGAAAGAUUGCCACCGUCCAGCGGCCGGAGCCCAGUGGGCCUCAGGAAUAUGAGAAGGUGCUGGUGUCUGCAAGGGAGCUUGUGAGGAUGGAGCAGCCGGAGACUUCUAGCACCCAGGCAAGCAGGGAACACAACCUCCGAGGCCCUGGCGAGUGGCUGCAGGCAGCUGGGAGCACCUUCUCCCAGGAAAUACAGGGAAAUGAGCUUCAGAAUAUUCCAGGGGAGCAGGUGACAGAGGAACAAUUCACAGAUGAGCAGGGCAACAUCGUCACCAAGAAGAUCAUUCGCAAGGUUGUUCGGCAGGUGGACUCGUCUGGCAUGGAUGACACCCAGCAACAUGAGGAGGUGAUUGUUGAGAGGCCCCCGGAGGCCCCUGGUGCGCUGGAGGCCGACCUUGAGUACUUUAUGAAACACUCCAAGGAUCACACCUCGACACCCAAACCCUGAGCUCCACACCCUCUGCCAUGCACGUGGGAGGAGAGCUGGGUGAGGGCCACGGAACGUGGUUUCCCAGCUCACGGCAUGACCUCUGUAAGGGACUUCCUUUAGCCUCCUAUUCGCAUGAACGACUGGCUGCAGACGCAUGACCUGCAGUCUUCAAUCCUGCCUCCAGCGACCGCGGAUCUGUCGGGAAUCAAGACAAAGGCGGCCAAAAGAGGGGAAAGGAGAGAAAGGGAUAGAAAACUAGGGCCGAGAGGGUAUGAGUGCAAAAGUGAAUAAGGGCUCUUUUGACUGAGGGUAGUUUGGGUUUUGUUUUUUAAUUGUCUUGGUUUUGACUUCACACAGGGUACUUUUUUUUCAACCUCAUCCAUAAGAAAUCCAUGUGGGCUUCCUGGAGAGAAAAAUGAAUGAUAACUAGGCAUACAGUCCUUUUAACACCUUAAUCCCAUGUCCCUGACCUCCUUGAUCCCCACUCCUCCCUGCCACCUGUGACAGUGGUCCCCUCCCCAGCGGACUGCCCCUCCCAGAGCUUCCCACCUGACAUUCAGUCUACACACUGAUUUGACCGUGACCUCUGAAGCUGUGUCCACCAUGCUCCAGUGGCUAAGAUGGAUUUGUUUUUAAAUGUUGUGUCUCUCUGCCAGAUUCAGUAGUCAUCAUCACUGUGCGUGCACUUGGGGCUCUUUGUGUUAGUGACUUCCGAGUCUGAGGGAGGCGCUCGCCCUCAGGUUGAGCGGUAGGGCUUCAGGGAGCCAGGGACCCCAGAAUGGUCUUUUAGUUGGGGAAGGGCCGGUGGCUGUCCUAAGACUGCACCAGCAUGUUCCAUAGAGAAAGAGGUUUUCUAUAUCUUUAAGCACUUCUAUCAUAGUCCGUGUCCAAAGUGUAAACUGUACAGUAAUCAGCCUUGUGUAUAUGAAAACAAUAAAUACUAUGCAAACCAAUAGAAACACAUAGCAGUAUGUACAAAGCACUAGCGGAGGCCUCUCCCUCUGCGGGGGACGCCAGGGCUGGCUCUCAGUGACAGAGGAAGGCAGGGCGCAGGCGAGGCGAGAGUGAAUGUACCUGACAGUCCCACAGGUCAGGGCCACCCAGAGGUCUCCCAGAGCCAACUUGGUGCUCGAAGUCCAGGCGACCUGCAGGCUGGGAGGCGGGGUGGUGGUCGGGGCGCAGGCCCUGGGCGCCCCGCACCCGUAGGGAGGAGGGCCUGGCCUCCUUCCUCCUGGGCAGAGACGGAACCUGACAGCUGGCCGCUCCCGGCCCGGGGCCGCCCGCCCUGGAAGAGCCUUAAAGUCACUCCAGAGCCUCCGGCGGGGAGAGGCCCGACUCAGCACAAUCCGCCGCCCGCUCGGGCGCGCCCCCUCGGGCCCGGAGAGGGACCGGCAGGCUCUUCCCCUCGCCGGCCGGGGCCCUGCGGACGGACGGACGGACGGACGUCCACUCCCGCCGGGACACAUCCAAACCUUCCAAGUAGCACAGAAGCGCCCUGGACGGCGGCGACCCGGGCGCGGAGCCCGGCCAGGCGGUCUCCGUGCGGCCGGACCCCGCGUCCAGGCCGCGCCAGCGCGCCGCGCCCCGGGCAGGCCGGCUUGUUCUGCUUUGUGAGCCGAGCGGGGCGCUCGGUGUCCUGGCCCCGCGCUGCGGCCGCCUCCGGGCAGGCGGCCCGGCCUCCCCCGGGCAGGCGGCUCGGUCUCCGCCGCCUGCUCCGAGCCCGGCCUGCUAGGACGCGGCCCGACCCCGGCCCCGGAGGGGCGGCCGCGCGGCUGGGGAGCUGCCCGGCCCCCGGGCCCCGGGAGGCGGAGCCGGGCGCGGAGCCCGCCGGCCCGUCUCGCCCGCACCUGCCUCCCCGGCCGCGCCGCCCGACCCAGUAGCCCCUCUUAGCGGCCCGCGUGGCCCCGGCCCCAGGCUCUGCUUUGGCACCUCGCUCCUUCCGGCAUGGCUGCUUGGCCGCCGCCCGCCGGGCUGCUGCCGGCCCGGGCCGCGCGGCGCGGCUGCACCCCCGAUGCUAGUAGGAGCUGUUUAGGAGGAGUUUGGGGUCUCCACUUGAUGCCUAGAGAAUGCUGCAGUCUGCACAUUAGACGCUUUUUAGAAGUUUUGAAAUUACCUUGAUUUUUUUAAUUGUUAUGAAAACUGAAUCCUUUCUUGACCCUCUCACAUGCUGUUACUGGGAGAGGGUCCCCCCCCCACUCUGAUGUAUAGCCCAUGUCCCCUACACCAGCUGAACAGAUGUCAACAUUAAUAAAGAAACUGACUCAUGA